CUCGUCCAUGGACACUGUGGAUCGUAACAGCUGCGCAUGAUGUCCCAUAGCUGAUCGCACACCCAUUGUUAGUAUUGCAUGGCAUGCAUCAAUGAUCAAUUCACCGGAUGGAUGACCUAUUGCGAAAACAAACUCGACAUGACAUCGAGUACCUGCACCUGGGAUGCACACACACACACGCACACACACACAUCAGUCAGGUUAGCUGCUUGGUUGGCUGGGACAAGAACACGGAAGGUCGGCUUCAGUCUCUGCUGACUGUUUUUUGUCGGUGUUGGUGGCAUUCUGGCCAUUUUGCCUGCGUCGACGUGCAAACUUGUGACUGACUGACUGGUGGAUGCGUCGACGUGAAGAUUGAUGGGCACAAGGCCAUUCAUUCCAUGCAGCAUGAGGGCCGUCACCCACCACAGAGCUCAGAGAGCCACACGUGAACGGACAAAUAGAUAAAUGAGACCAACAAACAGAGCCACACGGCUGGUAGAAACAGCUGCGAUAUGGCAUGAGAUGAGAUCUGCGACGAAACAAGACACUUCGGUAGGCCAAUCAUUGGCACAUGAUUGAGAGGAGGGGACAGAACAGCUACACACAGACAGGCACACUCAAUCAUGCCUCUAAUCAAUUAGGGGAUAGACAGGCAGUGUACAGCGGAAGAAGUGCACAAGAAUAGAGAGAGAGAGAGAGAGAGACGGAUGGAUAGAUGGACGACCUAUUUCAAAAACGAAUUCGACAUGACAACCGAACACCAGAAAGUCGAUACCCCAGCCAUGCACCCACCCCUCUGGCCAUCCACCCAUCAAUUCACCAGAUGGCUGACCUGGUGCGAACACCUGCGACCCAUAAAGCCACGAACCCACCCACGUAUCCCUCUCUGCCUACGUCUCGGCCAUCCACGCCACACGCACAGACACACACACACCAGGCAGGACACACACACUACAUCGCAGCAGUCGUACGUGGAUAUCAACACCUGGAAAGAGGGGAGAUCCACGCGCACACAUGGGCAGUAUGCACAUAGACAAACAGAUGCUCAGCAGACAGGGCGACUCUUUCAUGAGAGCAAAUGCACAACCAUGACCCAUGCAGCCCCUCGUUGCCAACGACAAAUUCUCGAGAUGACAUAAAAUCGUGCACCUGUCUGUCCGCCACGCGCCUUCCACUCUAAAUAGUGGGCCCCGACUGUCUGUAGUCGAUGUCGCUUCUACAGAUGGGGCACUGCGUGUUGCCCCGCCACGGCGCAUACCUCUUGUGCCAGCAGGUGACAUACAAACAUCGGUGGCGGCAGGUGGACGGCGCCUUGCCGAUGAGCACCACCGUCCGCUGCUCGGCCUGGCACACCGCACACAACUCGUCCUCCUCCCUGUCGUCGAUGCGCCGCUGCAGCUGCCGAUUCUCCUCUUGGUGCGCCCGAAGCAUGAGCCCGUCGAGCUGCUGAAUGCGGCCCAUGACGCGGGCGAGGAAGGCCGUCGCCUCGGCCACCGUGUGGAUGGACGAGAGGCAAGCCAUUGAAGGCCUGCACAGAGAGACAGACAGUGGACAGACAAACAGAUAGACAGCCGAUGUGUGUGUGUGUGUGAUCGCACCUUUCCCGACUGUCCAUCUUGAUGGCAUCGACACGCGACUGGAGCUUCCCCACGUCAUGCGAGAGGCACCUCAGCCGACGAUCCAGCUCACCGCUGCCCAGCUGCUGCUCGACCCUGAAUGCCACACACAGACGGAGUCACACGCAUGGCGGUGUGGGAAUCCCCGCUGUCUCUUUGCUCACUCUGAGAUGCGCUGCGUGAGUUGCGCAAGCUGUUCGUCGAGCCCCAAACCACCAAUGCCAUCAUCUACACCAGCACCAGACGAGCUGCCCCCCUCCGGCGGCCCACAGGGGCCACCCGCAUCGGCCGAGGAAGACCCUGAUGCCGCUGCUGCCCCCUCAGUGGCGGUGUCCUGCUCCCUCUCUCUGUGGCGCCACAUGUGGCGCUUCCACUGCUGUCGAUCCGCUGCUGAGCUGUUGGAUCUUGGCGAGUGCGGCGUCGUAGAUGGGCUGCAGGGCGGCCUUCUCGGCCUCGGCCUCAGCGGAAAACUGCCGGAUGCAACGCCGCCCGCACGAACCACCUCAUGCAACUCGUCAACAGACCUAACACACAUAACACACACGACACGAGGUGCAUCAAGGUCCCCGCCCUCUGUGUGUGUGCGGUUGGUCUCACUUUGGUGCGUUGCGCAUGGCGACUUCCUUCUCGUGUAUCAAUUUGGCCUUUCGCUGCUCCAGCGAGGCGAUGGCCGCCAACUUGCCGUCCAACUCGUGACGCAGCCUGCACACCCAUCCCAAGACACACACGUGCUGACUGCAGUGAGAGUGCCGCCCAUUCAUCGCUUUUCCGGCUCACUCCUGCAGUCUAUCGACAGCCUGCUGCUUCUGCUCUAAGGCCAUGGCGCGUGCAGGAUCGACGCUGUGGGCAUCAUCGGCAGCCGCGGCCGCUUCCCGCCUUUGCCGCUCCGUCGGGUCGUGGCUGUGAUGUCCACCGCCCUGCCCCGAGCCCCACUCAGACCAAGCAGCCUCCAUGCCCCUCACCCAGUCAGAGUCAUCAGAAGGACUGCUGGGCGGUGACGACAAGGUCACGGCGGUGGUGCCGCUGCUCAACUCGCCCACACGAGAGCAUCCAUCAGCGGCAGCCGUUGCUGCGCCUCCGCUCUCCGUCGACAACGACGAGUGCUGCUUGAGGGGUGGGGUCACCAGAGGGGGGGCGGCGGGGCGAGGGGGGCGAUGCUGCUGGCGAUAAGCCAUCCCACCAGUCACAGCAGGGCCACGUGUGCCGUCAGAUGUGCCGCCGGCGGUGCUUGGCAGCGGCUGUGAUGACACCGUCUCCCCAGAUGGACUCGCAAACACAGAGGAGAUCGCUUGUCCAGCCUGCUGUCGCGAGGGCGCAUCAGCUGAGCCCGACCCGGCCCUUCUGCCCUUCUUCUUUCGGCGUCUCGCUGUCUGAGUCCACUGGCCGCCAUCGUCUGCCAUCGCCUCCUCCCGCUGCUGCUGAUGAUGGUCGACUGAGAUGCCAAAUCCACCGCCAGGCAUGAUGGUGUCGUUGCUGCUGCUGGGUGUGACAGGGGGAGCGGCACUCUCCUCCGUGGCUGCGUCAGAUGCUGAUGCUGCCGGGGUUGGUUGAUCAGCUACCGUGUCUUUGGUAUUCUUCCCCGGCCGCUGUCCUGCCCCAUCAGCAGUCAAUGCGUUGUCCUCUGGCUGAUGACGGUGCGGCCGGCACUUCUUGGCUGUCGUCUUGGCUUCUUCCUGAGCAAUCAGCAAGGCCAUGUUCUGGUCGGCCCGCCGCUCGUCCUGGAGCCACUGCCGAUGCUGCCGCGAUGGAUGGAUGACAAAGCACCAAAGUACUGACAGGCCGAGAGCAACAAGGAUUCCAGCUCCAACCCACGGCGCCCACGGAGAGGACAGCUGCAAGCAAAAGAGAAGGAGAGAAAAGAGAGGCAGUGAGGACGCCUUGACGGUGUCCUUGGAUCCUGCGUACCAUUUCUCCGGUUGUCGGCAGCCGAUGAAGGCCCGUCGCGUGGAUGGGCAGCCUGGCAAGGAGCUCCUUGGCUGCUCCACUGAUAUUUUCAUCCGAGCUCCCGGUGAGGCCCUCAAACGACUGCUGACAUCCCGCCUGCAGUCACCAAAACAGAUGAUGUGCGCCACGCAAGUGACUCAGUGAGUGCACCCUGCACCCCACCGUGCUGGCGAUGGUGUUCGCGACUCGCUGGCCCAAGACGACGCUGUCCCUGACCAAUCAAUAGACUACCGACAAAUGACAACAACACAUGCACCAAUGACGUUCGUUGCGUACCGGAGUAUCUCUUCGAAGGCCAGGACCAUGUUGAGCAAUUUGCCGAGCGUUAUCUUGUUUGACAUUUCCGUGUCCGUCGUAAGCUUCCCAUUGAGGGGCACGAAAUGAGUCCCAUUGAGGGGCACGAAAUGGGGACUCGAGAAGGACUCACAUGCCCUCUCGACACACCCGUUGUCGAUGGCAUACCUUCGCUGCACAAACAAAAUGCACACAGAAACAGGUGUCUGAUUUGUCUGAUUCCCUCCUUCAGCACACCUGCAAUCCAUCUCCUUUGUGAAGCAGCAGCGAACACGUGAAAAAGAUCAAGUCUGAGCUGUCCUCGGCUUCCCGACGGCGGGUUACAGCGCUGAGGGCGUUCGGCAGCAGACCAGCAUCGACUAUGCUCACAAGAGUGAGACGAGAUCCUCUGCUCCGCGACACGGGGCCUGAUGGAAAUGUAAACACAAACAGGAGUAAGUCGACGGAAUUGUCCUCGCUAUCCACUCUCACCUGCACAUAUGGUUGCCAUCACCAACAUGCUCAGCAACUCCGCGGCCUUGGCCCAAAUCACGUCGUCCCAUGACAAGAGAAAGAGUGACAGCUUUUCCACCACCCCAUGCUCGAUAAGCGCAUCAGCAAUGCCCGGCAGCAUCACAAUACACUCACCUGGUCCAGUCUGUCCGAUGCUCGACCACAUCAUUGGGAUGGUGCCGAGCAUCGAUAUUGCGGCCCUCGUGACAGACGGAUGGGUGUUGCCCAGCAGCUGCAGCAGGGGCACAAUGGCUGCACUGGUCACUACGUCAUCCACCCACGGCAGGUGGCCGAGGACGGCCGUCAAGGGACCCACAAUGUCCUCCAUGUCACUGCCUGGCAGCUCCAAAGUGCGGCUGAGGGUCUCGUUAAGCGACGAAAGAGCACCACAUCUGAACAGAUAGACAGACAGACAGACAGCCACACAGGUGGGUCUGUUCAUCUGGCCGUUCGGCCCCGCACUCACCGGGCGAGGGCAUCAGCAGCCUCAGUGCCGCUCUCUGCUAUCCGCUGCAAGAGAGUCAAAGCCUCGACUUGCACUGAAUGGUGGUCACAGUCGGCGGCGACGGCAAGGACGGCCGUCCCAUACCGAACAGCAACUUUUGCAGCGACAUCACCCGGCUGUGUGCUGUCUGCAAUGUCCUCUCUGAUGGCCCGCAAGACGCUGAUCUGCAGGGCAGUGUCGUUGCUCUCCAGCUGCAAUGCCAGGGGACUGGGCGCUGCCUCUUCCACGCCUAUGUCGUCAUCAAGGACACCCACAGCCUUCUCAAAAUCACCACUUUCGUCAGCAAAUGAGGGGUCCACAUCGUCCCUGUUGUCAAAGUCACCCAGAGGCUCCUCAAACUCACCGUUGUGACUCCUGAUGGCUGGCGGCAGGCAAGCGAGCGUGACGACGAGCACAGCCGCCAACAUCAG